GAGGGCCUCGGACGAGCAGCGGACUCGGAGAGCCAGGCUGACACGACGACGAAGAGGACGACGACGACGAGAGGAGAGCAGCAGCAGAAACUGCUGGAAGACAUAGACGCGCGCGUGCGCUCGCUGCCAUUUGUUAAUGCAGCUGCUGCCCUUCGAUGCCUCUCGUAGUCCAAGCGGCCGCCCUAGACUCUGAUCUCUGAGCUCCGGCCCGAGCCCGUUUUUGCAGCACCCCUCGUCGCUCGCUGCCAUCAAAAUCCCUCCACUUUUUGCUCCUUCGUCUCUCGACCAGUUCAUCUAGUUAGCUAGCGAGCGAGCAAUCAUGUACAGAGCGGCUGCAGCGGUUGCUUCUGCUGUUGUCAGGGCCGGGGCCCGACAACAACGAAUCCAGCCAAGUUCGAACAGGCAGUGGGUCAGGAAUUAUGCUGCUAAGGACAUCAGAUUCGGCGUGGAAGCCAGGGCUCUUAUGCUUCAGGGUGUUGAGCAGCUCGCAGAUGCCGUGAAGGUUACAAUGGGUCCGAAGGGACGAAAUGUUGUUAUCGAACAGAGCUUUGGCGCGCCGAAGGUUACCAAGGAUGGUGUUACAGUUGCCAAAGCUAUUGAGUUCAAGGACAAAAUUAAGAACAUUGGAGCAAGUCUCGUGAAACAAGUGGCGAACGCUACCAAUGAUGUUGCUGGCGAUGGAACUACAUGUGCAACUAUUCUUACCAGAGCUAUCUUCUCUGAGGGUUGCAAAUCAGUAGCAGCCGGUAUGAAUGCCAUGGACUUGAGGCGAGGUAUCAACCUGGCAGUUGACUCAGUUGUCGCGCACUUAAAGAGUAGGGCAAAAAUGAUCAGCACUUCAGAGGAGAUCGCCCAAGUAGGAACUAUCUCUGCAAACGGAGAGAGGGAGAUUGGUGACCUGAUCGCGAGGGCUAUGGAGAAAGUGGGAAAGGAGGGAGUGAUAACUGUCUCGGACGGUAAGACUCUGUACAACGAGCUUGAAGUCGUGGAGGGAAUGAAACUCGACAGAGGUUACAUCUCUCCAUACUUCAUCACCAAUAUGAAGACACAGAAAGUUGAGAUGGAGAACCCAGUCAUUUUGAUUCACGAGAAGAAGAUUUCAGGGCUGAACUCUAUUCUGCCACUUCUGGAGAUGGUCGUGAGGGACCAGCGAUCACUACUGAUUGUAGCUGAGGAUGUGGAGAGUGAGGCCUUGGCCACAUUGAUCGUGAACAAGCUGCGUGGAGGUGUGAAGGUCUGUGCCGUCAAAGCACCAGGAUUUGGAGAGAACAGGAAGGCUAACAUGCAGGAUCUUGCUAUUCUCACUGGUGGUCAGUUGAUCAGUGAGGAUUUGGGGCUGAAGCUCGAGAAGAUUCAACUCAACAUGCUUGGAUCUGCGAAGAAGGUGACCAUCUCGAAGGACGACUCCAUUAUUCUUGACGGUGCUGGUGACAAGAAACUGAUUGAGGAGAGAAGUGAGCAGAUUCGGGAAGCAAUCAACAAUGCCACCUCUGACUACGACAAGGAGAAGUUGCAAGAGCGAUUGGCCAAGCUGUCAGGAGGUGUUGCAGUUCUGAAGAUUGGUGGUGCUAGCGAGAUUGAAGUAAAUGAGAAGAAGGACCGCGUUACCGAUGCUUUGAAUGCUACCAAAGCCGCUGUCGAAGAGGGUAUUGUUCCCGGUGGUGGUGUUGCCCUGCUCUACGCUUCACGUGAACUCGAGAAAGUCGCAACUGCAACCGCCAACCUUGACCAAAAAGUUGGUGUGCAAAUUAUCCAAAACGCCUUGAAGAUGCCUGCUUUCACCAUCGCUCAAAACGCCGGUGUGGAAGGAGCAGUUAUAGUCGGCAAGCUUCUGGAGCAGCAAAACUUGGAGAUUGGUUACGAUGCUGCCAAAGGUGAGUACGUCGACAUGGUGAAGGCCGGUAUCAUAGAUCCGGUGAAGGUCAUAAGAACAGCUCUGACAGACGCUGCCAGUGUAUCCUCUCUCCUGACGACAACGGAGGCCGUCAUAGCCGAGUUCCCGAAGGAGGAGAGUCCUGCCGGCGGUAUGGGAGGCAUGGGAGGAAUGGGGGGCAUGGGCGGUAUGGACUACUGAGAUCUGUAGACUACUCGGAACAGCGAAUUGAAAGCAUGAACGAUUGAUCAGCAUCGAUUUUCAGGAUUAGCACUUUGAAAAUUGAGUUUUCAAGCCAUACCUCGAAGUGCCCUGGAUCCAGGCCCUGGGGUUGGGGGUUAUGGUUCGGCAGAAGUUUACCCCAUAGAGCAUAGGGAGAAUUAGGUUGUAGAUCAGAAGUGCCAGUCCCGCUAGGUGUUCGUGACGUAAAAUGUAAUUAAAGAGAAAAUUUUGUUUUUUUAGCUUGAUUCAUGCCCUUACUUUAAAUAAAUCGAAUAGAAAUCUUAGAUGUUGAGCAGCCUUGUACGUACCUUCAGAGCUGCCUUGUUGGAAAGUUUCAUCGAAUGGAAGCUGGUUGCUCCGAACUUUCAAGCUGACUACCUCGUACCAGUCAAUGGGUAUUGCCCCCGAGUGAUCUCAGCGAAAUCGCCCUUCCGAGCUCGUUGACGGUUGUCCACAGCAUUUGAGCGCAUGUUGUUGUCCACCAACAGAGACGAGAUCACACUAAAACUAUGUGCAUGAGAUAUCGGCUGUGUGUGGACAAAAGAACAGUGGACUCAAGGUGGCUUAUCAGUAUGGUGGAGUAGAACUUGUGCCUCGAUCGAGCCGUGAUCGAUGUGAUUGCCACGCAUUAGUUACAAACCAGUGGCAUUUGUUCAUGUAUUUCAUGCAUGCGUACAUGAAUAGAGUAGAUCUCAAUGGAAUAAAGGCGCAUUCAAACCCUUUCA